AUUAUUAUUAUUAUUAUUAUUAUUUCCUUUCUGUCACUAUGACCGAAGUUCCUCCUGCACCUAUGAAUACCAGUAUUUCUAGUAAUCUACUUCGUGUUAUACCACUCAUGGAAUCGUCAGUUCAACAUGUAACUGAUGUUGCUGAUAACGCGUCUCUCUCUUCUGAUUCAACUUGUUCCUCAUGUGUGUCUUCUUGUCCUUCUUUUGUGAAAGAACAAGAACCUUUGGGAAAAUAUCGUUUGGUGAAAACCUUGGGUCUUGGUGAAUUUGGUAAAGUCAAGCUCGGAAUACAUACCGAAACUUAUCAAAAGGUAGCAAUCAAGGUGAUCAAGAAAAAUACUACUGAUUCGAAACUAGCCAAAGUUCAACGUGAAAUCCAAAUUCUCAAGUCUUUACGGCAUCCUCAUAUUAUAAAAUUGAUUGAAGUGGUAGAAACAAAUUCUCGUAUUGGGAUUAUCCUGGAAUAUGCUUCAGGAGGUGAAUUGUUUGAAUACGUCCUGUCGCACAGAUCUUUAGAAGAAGAUGAAGCUGUGAAGUUAUUUGCCCAAUUGAUCAGCAGCGUGAAUCACAUGCAUUUGAAAGGUAUUGCUCACCGGGAUUUAAAACUGGAAAACCUACUAUUCUUGGAUAUGGAACAAACUCAAUUGGUCGUUAGUGAUUUUGGUUUUGCCAAUAAUGACAAGAAGGAUCUACUUACAACCUGCUGUGGCUCGCCCAGUUAUGCUGCCCCUGAAUUAGUUUAUCCAUCUGGUGGUUAUAGUGGCCCUGCUGCUGAUAUUUGGUCUUGUGGUGUUAUCCUAUAUUGUAUGAUUUGUGGUUAUCUACCGUUUGAUGAUGAUCCUGAAAAUCCUGAAAGUGCAAAUCUACAUCAACUUUAUCAAUAUAUUCGCUCAACUCCUUUGACCUUUCCAACUUUUGUUAGUGAUGAAGCUCAAGAUUUGAUGCGUCAUAUGCUGCAACCUGAUCCUGCCGACAGAUGCACCCUCCAUUUUGUUAUGAAUCACCCCUGGCUUCAAGAUUACAAAAAUACACUUUUUGCCAUGUCGAACGAAGAAUUGGAGAAACAAGCAUUGGAUUCAAUAAUUCACUUAUUGCCACCUGAUAAAGUCGAUGACGAUCAACAACAACAGCAACAACAACAAGAACAACAACAAGAACAACAAUCUGAAAAUAGCCAUCCAUAUCUCAAAUAUAACACUAUCUCUGACGUAUUACCACAAGAACUAAAUGGACAUCAAGUUCAAAAUCAAAGAGACACACAUUCGGAAAUACACAAUGAAAUUGAAGACCAAGUAGAAAAUCUAUCUAUGACGGAAUCACAUUCUCAAGAUCUGAAACAAAAUGGUCAACAACCCCAAGCACCGGAUAAAAACAACAAUAUAUUGGAACAGAAAGCGGAUGAUUCUCAAAUACUUGAACCAAAGAUAGCUCAGUCGCAAGGAUUAGAUUCAAAUGGAGUUCUUCCUCAAAGAUUGGAUUCUAAUGGUGCUCUCCCUCAAAAAUUGGAUUCAAAUGGUGCCUUCUCACAACGAUUGGAUCAAAAUGGAACCACCUUUCAAGUAUUGGAUUUAAAGUACACUCAAUCUCAAGAAUUGGAUCAAAAAGGUGCUCAGUCUCAAGAACCAGAUCACUUAAUCCAAAAUAAGGACAGUAAGAUGCCAAGAUUAGAUGAUCAUUUAAAUGGAGAGCAGCUGCAACAUCCAAUGGAUGCAAUGCCACCUACACCAUCUUCUUUAUUGGACAAAUCUCAGCUAUCAACAACAACAGAAACAACAACAUCACAUGAAGCGAAGGAAAAAGAAUUGCCAUCUCUUCCGCCUUUACCUGCUAUAUCAAAUGAAGAAGAAGACCUCUUGAAUGAUUCUGCUACGAAAGAACAUCCACGACAAAGACAACCCAGUUUACGUCGACAGAAGAAAUUUCAUCCUCAAAGCACUGAUGCUGAACCUAUGCCAACUGUUAAAGUGAAAUCCAAGGUGGACAACAUUCAACAUCAUUAUCCAGAUAACAUCAAUAGCGAUGACAACAACAACGAUAUCAUUGGUAUCCGGCCCUCACUUCUAGUCAAGGAUCAUACACAUUAUAGCCCUCUACUUCCAGGUGAUCUUAGUGACAAAAUGAAAUCUGAUGACUUGGAUAAAGAUGACAAAAAGGAUGAAAACAACAAAAACGUCCAACACAUGAAAACAGCCAGUCUUCCCUUGCUAUCUCAUAAGACUGAUACAGAUCUCAUCAUUGAUACCUCUACUUCAGCUAGCAAGUACAACAGCAAUGGUAAUCUUCAAGAACCACCAAAGAAACGACAUAGUAGGCUCCCAUCCAUCCUUUCUUUAUCUUACUCUGGACCUCGACCUUAUCGUAGCCAAUCGACACAUCUACCAAGAAAGCAACGAACCGAUGAACAUGAAAAGGAAAAGGAAUCAUCAUUUACCGCUGCAGCAACAAUACCUGUGGCCAGAAAGAAAACAAUGACACAAACAGUGAAAGCUUGGAUUAUUAAGAAAAAGCAUUUUAUGAAGUCUCAUCACUCAUCAUCUUCAUCAUUAUCAACAUCCACAUCGUCUGUCGCAACCGAUCGCGGUAACAACUACAAUAAUCAGCAACAACAACAAUCAAGAACAGAUCAUCGUCAUCGUCAUCACCAUCAUCACGUCAAAGAAGAUCAAAAACAUGAGCAAAUUCAUCAUUACUUGGCAUCUUCUUCUUCUCCUUCCUCUUUGGAAACCACUACCAUGGAUCGAUCUGUAAUGCGUAUUCUCUCUCAUGCGCAAGGCGAAAACCUUUCCUCUAUGGCCCCUGGUGAUUUGAUGCUAACCUUGGUCCGAAUUUUGACAGCAUUAGGUAUCGAUGUACACCAUGAAUCAUCUUACCAGUUGGCAUGCACUAGAAGGAGUCUUCAUCAUGGUGUAUCAAAGAAGAACAAAAAGGGUAUCAAUAAGGACAAAAAGACUGACUUGACAACAGCUACCAUUUAUGGACCUCCUGAUUUGGAUGACGGCCAUCAUGUUGAUUUUACAGUGGAAAUCUGCCGAUCUCUUCUCUCUGACUUGUAUGUGAUUGAUAUUCAGCAUUCUUAUGGCAACAAUGUGACGUUCCAAUUCUUGAAAUCCAAAUUACUUGUUUUAUUGAACUUGAAUUGAUCUAUUUAUGGAUGAAGGCAUCUUUUUUUUUUUUUUUCACCUCCUCUUCAUCUUGAUGAUAUUCUAUUUGGAUUUUUUUUUAUUUAUCUUUAUUUCUUUUUGUUUUGUUAUAUCUGAAAUCUUAGUUAGUUUUAUAUUGACUAGUUUAUAAAUUCAUUCCCUAUCAUUCGAAAAAUCAUAAAAAAUAAAAACAAGUUGUUUUUUUUUAUCUCCUUUC